UAUGCAUGUAGUCAUAUCUGCUGCUGAGCUGACUCUGCUCCAGCUCCACCCAUUCACACAAGCAGUUGUAAUAAAAUGGCUGAUUCUUCAAUGGUCUACACUCUUACUCCAGAGCUAUCUUUUUCACCAUCUACAGCAAGAGCAAAAACCACUUAUAAAAUUGGAUCAAAGUUAGUGAAUACUGAAACGAGACACACAGAGUACAAAGUUGGAAAUUUUGCUUUGAAUAAUUUAGAGCAGCACAUAAGGAAGUAUGGUUCAGCAUUUUUAAAUUCAGGAGGUGGUACCCUAACAAUUGGUAUUGCUGAUGAUGGCACAGUUGUUGGUGUAAACAUUAGUUCUGAGAGUAGAAUAAAAAGAAUAAUAUCGGAUGAAUUUAAAGCCUUCAAACCAUCAGUUGGCAGUAGCUAUUACGAGGUUGACUUUGUUCCCACAGACGAAUGGGACAGGUUUAUAAUUGAAAUACACAUUCGAGCAGGGGAAGAUGAUGAGAUAUAUGCUGAUGGUGAAGACAAGAUGUACAUUAGGAGAGAUGGCUCUGUACAGGGGCCAUUGUGGCCCCUGUACAGAUACUUAGAAAAUGUAGAACUUAGAGUGUAUAAAAUGUGUUGGGUUGCCUUUGGAAAGGUUCUGCAGAUUAAAUUUUGUUCACAUGCAUGCCCCCUGGGGGUUAAAUUUUGGACCUAUAUAGUUGCAUACUGUCUCAAACUGAACUAG